AUGAACGCCAUGAAGGAGGAGAUCCUCGGGGAGCUGGAGAGGAGGGUCAGUCUGUCGUGCUCCUCCUGCCAGAGCGGGGUGGAGGACAUGAGGAUGCAGCAGAAGAGUGACCAGGAGAGGAUCAGGUAUGGAGGAAUAUUACUGCCAACAACAGAAAUUGAAUCUGAAUUCAAUCAUAUUGAAUUAGGAUUUAGAAAUUAGAUUUCAUUGCCUGUGUAUCAAGUUGACAACCUGCAAUGUCAAGGCAAUACAAGUUAAACAAAUAUUGAAUUCAGUUAAAAUUAUUUUGUUGGAAUUAAUGUCACCCCAUAACUAGUGCUCUGGAGAAGCUGCUGCCCUCCAUGGACCAACAUUAUCGCCACAACAUGGGCGUCCCCAGGAGGGAGAUGGAGCGCACCCAGGGCUGCUGCAACACCCUCACUGAGCUGGGCAGGAGUUGAAGGUUAACACCGCCUCACAAGGCUAUGACGUCAUCAAAGGGCGCUUGGACAAGGAGCUGGGUGGGGGUUCGGGCAGCGGAGGAGGAGGAGGAGGAGGAGGAGAGAAAGGAGGGAGGACGAAGGUGAUGGAGGAGAAGCUGAACAGUAGACUGAGGAGGGAGUUGGAGAGGAGGCUGAACAACACCGUGAGGAAGACAGAGCAGAAGUGCACCAACACAGGAAACAUCAUGAAUGACAACCUGCAGAGAGAGGUCACCGCCGUCCGCAACAUGGUCCUCAGCUGCAUGGACGACCACGGAUACAGGAUAGGCAAGGUAGAUAGAUAUAUCAUGACUAAUGUUUUGCAGCUCUGUGCAUAGGCCUACAUUAAAAACAUAUGUUGGAAUGGGGUUAAGGCCCUGCGACAGACUAGUGUCCUGUCCAGGGGUUGUACUUGUACCACCCCUCAUCACUGUCAAACGCUCCCUAAAACACUUUAGUGAGCAGGCCUUCCUAAUUGACCUGGCCCAGGUAUCCUGGAUGGAUAUCGAUCUCAUUCCGUCAGUAGAGGAUGCCUGGUUGUUCUUUAAAAGUGCUUUCCUCUCAAUCUUAAAUAAGCAUGCCCCAUUCAAAAAAAUCAUAACUAAGAACAGAUAUAGCCCCUGGUUCUCCUCAGACUUGACUGCCCUUGACCAGCACAAAAACGUCCUGUGGCGUACUGCAUUAGCAUCGAAUAGCCCCCGCGAUAUGCAACUUUUCAGGGAAGUUAGGAACCAAUAUACAUAAGCAGUUAGGAAAGCAAAGGCUAGCUUUUUCAAACAGAAGUUUGCAUCCUGUAGCACUAACUCCAAAAAGUUUUGGGACACUGUAAAGUCCAUGGAGAAUAAGAGCACCUCCUCCCAGCUCACCACUGCAAUGAGGCUAGGAAACUCUAUCACCACCGAUAAAUCUAAAUUAAUCGAGAAUUUCAACAAGCAUUUUGCUACGGCUGGCCAUGCUUUCCACCUGGCUACCACUACCCCGGCCACCAGCUCUGCACCCUUUGCUGCAACUUGCCCAUGCCCCCCCAGCUUCUCCUUCACACAAAUUCAGACAGCUGAUGUUCUGAAAGAGCUGCAAAAUCUGGUCCCCUACAAAUAAUCUGGGCUAGACAAUCUAGAUCCUUUCUUUCUAAAAAUAGCCACCAAAAUUGUCGCAACACCUAUUACUAGCCUGUUCAACCUCUCUUUCGUAACGUCUGAGAUCCCCAGAGAUUGGAAAGCUGCCGCGGUCAACUCCCUCUUCAAAGGGGGUGACACUCUAGAUCCAAACUGUUACAGACCUAUAUCCAUCCUGCCCUGCAUUUCGAAAGUUUUUGAAAGCCAAGUUAACAAACAGAUCACCGACCAUUUCGAAUCCCACCGUACCUUCUCCGCUAUGCAAUCCGGUUUCCAAGCUGGUCAUGGGUGCACCUCAGCCACGCUCAAGGUCCUAAACGAUAUUAUAACCGCGAUUGAUAAUAGACAGUACUGUGCAGCUGUCUUCAUCGACCUGGCCAAGGCUUUCGACUCUGUCAACCACUACAUUCUUAUUGGCAGACUAAAUAGCCUUGGUUUCUCAAAUGACUGCCUCGCCUGGUUCACCAACUACUUCUCAGAUAGAGUUCAAUGUGUCAAAUCAGAGGGCCUGUUGUCUGGACCUAUGGCAGUCUCUAUGGGGGUGCCACAGGGUUCGAUUCUUGGGCCAACUCUUUUCUCUGUGUAUAUCAAUGGUGUCGCUCUUGCUGCUGGUGACUCUCAGAUCCACCUCUACGCAGACGACACCAUUUUGUAUACAUCUGGCCUUUCAUUGGACACUGUGUUAACAAACCUCCAAACGAGCUUCAAUGCCAUACAACACUCCUUCCGUAGCCGCCAACUGCUCUUAAACACUAGUAAAACUAAAUGCAUCAAUUGAAUGCUGCUGGCACCCGCCCACCCGACUAGAAUCACUACUCUCGACGGGUCUGACCUAGAGUAUGUGGACAACUACAAAUACCUAGGUGUCAGGUUAGACUGUAAACUCUCCUUCCAGACUCACAUUAAGCAUCUCCAAUCCAAAGUUAAAUCUAGAAUUGGCUUCCUAUUUCGCAACAAAGCCUCGUUCACUCAUGCUGCCAAACAUGCCCUCGUAAAACGGACUAUCCUACCGAUCCUUGACUUCGGCGAUGUCAUUUACAAAAUAGCCUCCAACACUCUACUCAGCAAAUUAGAUGUAGUCUAUCACAGUGCCAUCUGUUUUGUCACCAAAGCCCCAUAUACUACCCACCACUGUGACCUGUACACUCUUGUUGGCUGGUCCUCACUACAUAUUCGUCGCCAAACCCACUGGCUCCAGGCCAUCUAUAAAUCACUGCUAGGCAAAUCUCCACCUUAUCUUAGCUCAUUGGUCACCAUAGCAACACCCACCCGUAGUAUGCACUCCAACAGGUAUAUCUCACAUCCCCCUGACAUCAAUGCAAAUGUAAUCGAAAAUCUAAUCGAACAUUUCAUGAGAGCCCAUGAGCUCAUGUUGCGCAACAUUUCUAUAGGCUAUGCAAUUGCGUGAGAAAACAGUGAGUGAUGGCCUCUUUUAAAAAGAGGAGGAUCCCAUCAGCUUUCUAUAAGCUAGGCCUACUAUAUUUAUUUCUCAACUUUCCGAAUAUUAAGCACAUUGCUUCUCUUUACAACAGGAGUAUAGCCUACCUGGCUUAUUUCUAUAACCACCCCUGUUGCACAGGUUUACUACCCAUUAUUAGUUAUAACCAUCCCUGUUGUACAGGUUUACUACCCAUUAAUAGUUAUAACCACCCCUGUUGUAUAGGUUUACUACCCAUUAUUUCUAUAACCACCCCUGUUGUACAAGUUUACUUCCCAUUAUUUCUAUAACCACCCCUGUUGUACAGGUUUACUACCCAUUAUUUCUAUAACCACCCCUGUUGUACAAGUUUACUACCCAUUAUUAGUUAUAACCACCCCUGUUGUUUAGGUGUACUACCCAUUAUUAGCUAAAACCACCCCUGUUGUACAGGUUUACUACCCAUCAUCAGCUAAAACCACCCCGGUUGUACAAGUUUACUACCCAUUAUUAGCUAAAACCACCCCUGUUGUACAGGUUUACUACCCAUUAUUUCUAUAACCACCCCUGUUGUACAAAUUUACCACCCAUUAUUUCUAUAACCACCCCGGUUGUACAGGUUUACUACCCAAUAUUAGUUAUAACCACCCCUGUUGUAUAGGUUUACUACCCAUUAUUUCUAUAACCACCCCUGUUGUAUAGGUUUACUACCCAUUAUUAGUUAUAACCACCCCUGUUGUAUAGGUUUACUACCCAUUAUUAGCUAAAACCACCCCUGUUGUACAGGUUUACUACCCAUUAUUAGCUAAAACCACCCCUGUCGUACAGGUUUACUACCCAUCAUUAGCUAAAACCACCCCUGUUGUACAGGUUUACUACCCAUUAUUAGCUAAAACCACCCCUGUUGUACAGGUUUACUACCCAUCAUUAGCUAAAACCACCCCUGUUGUACAGGUUUACUACCCAUUAUUAGCUAAAACCACCCCUGUUGUACAGGUUUACUACCCAUUAUUAGCUAAAACCACCCCUGUUGUACAGGUUUACUACCCUGAAUGACUCAGUGAAGGGGCUGGGUCGUGAAGUUCAAAGGCAUGGGAACACCCUCACAGACCUGGGCUCUACCAAGGAUAACAUCCUUUCUGAGGUUAGAAAUACUUUUAUUGUCUGUUCUUCACAGAAAUGUACUUUAAGUACAGAAAGUACACUGCAGUUGCAUUGUUUGCAGACAGACAAUUGCAUCAGACAUCAGUGGUGGUCGGUGCCUUAUUUCUAUUACAGCAUAUUGGAUGACAGUCAUUCAUUCGUAUUCCAUUCACCCAGUUCAAUGUAACAUUGAUAGGUUUAGGCUACUACAUGAUACUAGAAUUUUCCCUAUACCCAUCAUGAGAUUGCUACAACCUUCGAAUUAAAGUUUACAAUGUAGGUGCACAGGUCGAGAGACAUUGUUUUUGUAAUCAAGGUGAGUGACGGACAGUGAGUAACACAUUCAGUACCGCCUUGUACACACUUGCUUGCAUCUACAGUUGAAGUCGGAAGUUUACAUACACCUUAGCCAAAUACAUUUAAACUCAGUUUUUCACAAUUCCUGACAUUUAAUCCUAGUAAAAAUGCCCUGUCUUAGGUCAGUUAGGAUCACCACUUAAUUUUAAGAAUGUGAAAUGUCAGAAUAAUAGUAGAGAGAAUGAUUUAUUUCAGCUUUUGUUUAUUUCAUCACAUUCCCAGUGGGUCAGAAGUUUACAUACACUCAAUUAGUAUUUGGUAGCAUUGCCUUUAAAUUGUUUAACUUGGGUCAAACGUUUCGGGUAGCCUUCCACAAGCUUCCCACAAUAAGUUGGGUGAAUUUUGGCCCAUUCCUCCUGACAGAGCUGGUGUAACUGAGUCAGGUUUGUAGGCCUCCUUGCUCGCACACACUUUUUCAGUUCUGCCCACAGAUUUUCUAUAGGAUUGAGGUCAGGGUUUUGUGGCCACUCCAAUACCUUGACUUGGUUGUCCUUAUGCCAUUUUGCCACAACUUUGGAAGUAUGCUUGGGGUCAUUGUUCAUUUGGAAGACCCAUUAGCGACCAAGCUUUAACUUCCUGACUGAGGUCUUCAGAUGUUGCUUCAAUAUAUCCACAUAAUUUUCCUUCCUCAUGAUGCCAUCUAUUUUGUGAAGUGCACCAGUCCCUCCUGCAGCAAAGCACCCCCACAGCAUGAUGCUGCCACCCCCGUUCUUCACGGUUGGGAUGGUGUUCUUCGGCUUGCAAGUACCCGCUUUUUCCUCCAAACAUAAUGAUGGUCAUUAUGGCCAAACAGUUUAAUUUUUGUUUAAUCAGACCAGAGGACAUUUCUCCAAAAAGUAUGAUCUUUGUCCCCAUGUGCAGUUGCAAACUGUAGUCUGGCUUUUUUAUGGCGGACGUAACACAUGCACAAAGUAGAUGUCCUAACCGACUUGCCAAAACUAUAGUUUGUUAAAAAAUAAAUGUGUGGAGUGGUUGAAAAACAAGUUUUAAUGACUCCAACCUAAGUGUAUGUAAACUUCUGACUUCAACUGUAGCUGAUCUAGCCUGCAAUCAGUAGUCCAAACAGUUGCAAACAAGUUUCUAUUGGACAAAAUCAGGUAUGUUUAUUCCUGUUUCAUUCCGUUUCCUUACGUUUAUGAAACGUUUUAACAGAAUCGGCGGAAUGAACACACCCCUGAUCACCCCCAAACACAGUUCACUUUCAUAGCAGCCACAUACAAACAGCAUGAUCUUUUUGCUCGUUGUAUAAUUCCUUCUCGCAUCAAUGCGCUAUUCUGUGACCAGGUGAAAAAACCUUUCCAAGCCAAACCUUCAUACCAUAGCCGCUAACCGCUACACAAAACCUACAUUGUUGUCACCAUAUUAGCUAACGUCAUAGUCAACAUAGCUACUAGAACAACUAACGUGUUAGUAAACCCGCUACAAUCAUGCAGUACAACUAUUAUCUUUCUCUCUCUUUGAGUCAACUACUCACCACAUUUUAAGCACUGCAGUGCUAGCUAGCUGUAGCUUAUGCUUUCAGGUUGGAGAAUGUCCUCUGGAAGUUGUCAUAAUUACUGUGUAAGUCUAUGGAAGGGGGUAAUAACCAUGAGCCUCCUAGGUAUUGUAUUGAAGUCAAUGUACCCAGAGGAGGACGGAAGCUAGCUGUCCUCCGGCUACUCCAUGGUGCUACCCCAGAGAGUACUGUUGAGGUUACGGUAGACCUUCAUUUCAAAACAGUAUGUUUUAUUAUUUGGUGACGUGAAUAUAUUUAGUAUAGUUUAAUCUAAAAAUAACUUUUUUAAUGUUUCACUAUUUGUAUUUUUAUGAAAUUCACUGAAGAGGAUGGUCCUCCCCUUCCUCCUUUGAGGAGCCUCCACUGUCAGACAUACAGUCAUGAUAAACACAUACAGCUAGUCUCAGCUAGACUGGUUACCAGUCUUUGUUAGCUAACGUUCCAUUCCUUACCACUCCUGUCAUUUGCCAAAGAGACUGGCCUUUCGGCAAUCAUAACGUUCAAUGUGCAGCCGGAUUUACGGCGCAGUUGCUAAUUUGUAGUUGGAAACAACAGCAAUAUUUUCCAUGACAACAAGAACAACAACAGACAAUGGCGCUAGGACCUGCUGCGAUCAUUCCCUUGUGAGAAGGCAGUGUCAACGCAAGUGUCACGAUCGUCGGAUACAGAGGACCAAGGCGCAGCGUUGAAGGCGAACAUACUUUUAUUAUUUAGAAUGAACACACGAACAAAAACAACAAACGAUAACGUGACGUCCUCGGUUCUAACACAAACCUAUACUGGAACAGACCCCACACCAAACAAUGCCAAACGGCUACCUAAGUAUGGCUCCCAAUCAGAGACAACGAGCUACAGCCGUCUCCGAUUGGGAGCCACCCUGGCCAACAUAGAAAUACUAAACUAGAACAAAAACCCAAUGAAAACUCACACCCUGGCUCAACAUACUAGAGUCCCCAGAGCCAGGGCGUGACAGCAAGAUAAUGUUGUCAACGCAAGAUAAUGUUGUCAACGCAAGAUAAUGUUGUCAAUGCAAGAUAAUGUUGUCAACGCAAGAUAAUGUUGUUCAAAGUGGCUAGAGAGGGAAACAAUGAUGCAGAAAAUAUGAGCCUACAAGAACCAAUCAAACUUUUGCUUCAGUUGCAUCCAAUUAAUGAGAGGAAAGAAAUGGCACCUGUCGUCAUUCCUCGUACAUACUGUUUCCACAUUUUGUUACGUUACAGCCUUAUUCUAAAAUGGAUAAAAUAAAAUAAAAUCCUCAUCACAUUACCCUAUAAUGACAAAGCGAAAACAGGUUUUUAGAAAUGUUUGCAAAUGUAUUCAAAAUUAAAAACAGAAAUACCUUAUUUACAUAAGUAUUCAGGCCCUUUGCUAUGAGACUAGAAAUUGUGUUCAGGUGCAUCCUGUUUCCAUUGAUCAUCCUUGAUGUUUCUACAACUUGAUUGGAGUACACCUGUGGUAAAUUUAAUUGAUUGGACAUGAUUUGGAAAGGCACACACCUGUCUAUAUAAGGUCCCACCGUUGGCAGUACAUGUCAGAGCAAAAACCAAGCCAUGAGGUCGAAGGACUUGUCCGUAGAGCUCUGAGACAAGAUUAUGUUGAGGCACAGAUCUGGGCAAGGGUACCAAAAAAUGUCUGCAGCAUUGAAGGUCCCAAAGAACACAGUGGCCUCCAUCAUUCUUAAAUGGAAGAAGUUUGGAACCACCAAGACUCUUCCUAGAGCUGGCUGCCCUGCCAAACUGAGCAAUCGAGGGAGAAGGGCCUUGGUCAGGGAGGUGACCAAGAACCCGAUGGUCACUAUGACAGCGCUCCAGAGUUCCUCUGUGAAGAUAGGAGAACCUUCCAGAAGGACAUCCAUCUCUGUUGCACUCCACCAAUCAGGCCUUUAUGGUAGAGUGGCCAGACGGAAGCCACUCCUCAGUAAAAGGCACAUGACAGCCCACUUGGAGUUUGCCAAAAGGCACCUAAAGGACUCUCAGACCAUGAGAAACAAGAUUCUCUGGUCUGAUGAAAUCAAGAUUGAAUUCUUUGGCCUGAAUGCCAAGCGUCACAUCUGGAGAAAACCUAGCACCAUCCCUAUGGUGAAGCAUGGUGCUGGCAGCAUCAUGCUGUGGGGGUGUUUUUCAGCCGCAGGGACUGGGAGACUAGUCAGGAUUGAGGGAAAGAUGAACAGAGCAAAGUACAGAGAGAUCCUUGAUGAAAGCCUGCUCCAGAGCACUCAGGACCUCAGACUGGGGUGAAGGUUCACCUUCCAACAGGACAACGACCCUAAGCACACCGCCAAGACAACGCAGGAGUGGCUUCGGGACAAGUCUCUGAAUGUCCUUGAGUGGCCCAGCCAGAGCCCGGACUUGAACCCGAUCGAACAUCUCUGGAGAGACCUGAAAAUAGCUGUGCAGCGACACUCCACAUCCAACCUGACAGAGCUUGAGAGGAUCUGCAGAGAAGAAUGGGAUAAACUCCCCAAAUACAGGUGUGUCAAGAUUAUAACGUCAUACCCAAGAAGACUCGAGGCUGUAAUCGCUGCCAACGUGCUUCAACAAAGUACUGAGUAAAGGGUCUGAAUACUUAUGUAAAUGUAAUAUCCUUUAUUUUUUUGAUAUAUAUACAUUUGUAAACAUUUCUAAAAAUCUGUUUUUGCUUUGUCAUUAUGGGGUAUUGUGUGUAGAUUGAUAAAAACAUAAAUAAUAAUAAUUUUAGAAUAAGGCUGUAACGUAACAAAAUGUGGAAAAAGUCAAGGGGUCUGAAUACUUUCCGAAUGCACUGUAUGUUCCAUACAGCAGGUUUUUAAAGGACCAAAGCGUUUGGUCUGCUUCCUGUUUUCAUCUUUGCCAUGGAAACAAUAUGGCUAUACUGGUAUCAUCACAUCCCUAGUAAUUACUAUAACAGUAAUGAUGUAACUAGUAUUAUAAACUGGGUGGUUCUAGCCCUGAAUGCUGAUUGGCUGACAGUACUAUAACAGUAAUGAUGUAACUAGUAUUAUAAACUGGGUGGUUCUAGCCCUGAAUGCUGAUUGGCUGACAGUACUAUAACAGUAAUGAUGUAACUAGUAUUAUAAACUGGGUGGUUCUAGCCCUGAAUGCUGAUUGGCUGACAGUACUAUAACAGUAAUGAUGUAACUAGUAUUAUUAACUGGGUGGUUCUAGCCCUGAAUGCUGAUUGGCUGACAGUACUAUAACAGUAAUGAUGUAACUAGUGUUAUAAACUGGGUGGUUCUAGCCCUGAAUGCUGAUUGGCUGACAGUACUAUAACAGUAAUGAUGUAACUAGUGUUAUAAACUGGGUGGUUCUAGCCCUGAAUGCUGAUUGGCUGACAGUACUAUAACAGUAAUGAUGUAACUAGUAUUAUAAACUGGGUGGUUCUAGCCCUGAAUGCUGAUUGGCUGACAGUACUAUAACAGUAAUGAUGUAACUAGUAUUAUAAACUGGGUGGUUCUAGCCCUGAAUGCUGAUUGGCUGACAGUACUAUAACAGUAAUGAUGUAACUAGUGUUAUAAACUGGGUGGUUCUAUCCCUGAAUAUAUAUAUUGGGGAAAGAAGCACCUUGCUAUUGCUUGAUGGAUAUAAAAUAGGUCACAGCUUUCACAAUGAACUGGCGGAGAAGUUUGAAUGGCCAGAGCUUCUCUGGUGUGAUGUGAUCACAUUGGACAAUCAACUUUCAGUAACUUCAACAACAACUCAACAAGUCAUUUAGUUGAUUUCAGUUGAUUUGGACUGUUGUUGGUGAGUGAAGAGAAGUGUACGCCCAAGCCACAAGCAUGAAUGCAGACUGCAGAGAUAUCAUUACUACUUGAGAUGAGAGAUGAGAUUGUACUUUAUUAAUCCACAAGGGGGCAUUAGUUUAGAUGAGAUUGUACUUUAUUAAUCCACAAGGGGAAGGUAGUUUAGAUGAGAUUGUACUUUAUUAAUCCACAAGGGGAAAGUAGUUUAGAUGAGAUUGUACUUUACUAAUCCACAAGGGGACAGUAGUUUAGAUGAGAUUGUACUUUAUUAAUCCACAAGGGAGCAGUAGUUUAGAUGAGAUUGUACUUUAUUAAUCCACAAGGGGGCAGUAGUUUAGAUGAGAUUGUACUUUAUUAAUCCACAAGGGGACAGUAGUUUAGAUGAGAUUUAUCCUGAAAUAAACCUAGUAUGUGUCUGGGAUGAUUAACUGUCCUCCUCAGUCACCUCAACAUAGGGCUCUGGUCAAAAGUAGUGCACUAAAUAGGGAAUAGAGUGUUAUUUGGGAAGCACAACUUUCUGCUCUGCUCUGGUGUGGCUCUGGCUGAGUAGACUAUUUUAAGUACAGAGAGUAACUGGUCAUUGGAGCCUGGUCUGUGGUGUGUCUUGCUGAAUAGUUUUCUAGGCAGGUGGUGUAUCUCACUAAGUAGACUCUGAAUUUAGUAAAGAGCGCUUCUAUCCAGCUGUUCUGUUUUCUGGAAUGUUCUCUUGAGAGAAUGUAUUAUUAAUAUCACAGCAUUACCUGUGACACUCUGUGCCCACAUACUCAUUUUGUAUUGAUAAGUAUCAACAACAAAACUAAAAAAAAGGUAUAUUUCCUAAGACAAAAUAUGUGUGCAUGCAUCAGCUGUCCAAAAAUAACACAUCCUUUGUUCCAUGUGUAAGGUUCCCCUGGUCUGCCUGGUCCAAGGGGAGAGAGGGGCUACUCUGGACCCCAAGGAGGAGAAGGGUCCCAAGGCAAACCUGGCAAGGAGGGGCUCCUGGGACCUCCAGGUAAAACAAACACACAUUUGAUCUUCACAAAGUGAUACAGAAGCUCUGGAAAGGCUGUGAGGUCUUAAUAAAUACCAUCGACACUGGCACGUGCAGAGUGCAGGGUUUUAAUUUCUCUCAACUCUUAUAAAAAUGAAAAAUAAUGACAAAGUUAUAAUAACCAUAACUAUACUUUUAACUCUAAAAUGAACUAAAUCAGUGUUCUGUUAUUUCAUCUGUUCAUUUGUUCUUUCAUCCCAGGUCUGAAAGGUGAAGAAGGUACAGUGGGGAAAUAAAGUAUUUAGUCAGCCACCAAUUGUGCAAGUUCUCCCACUUAAAAAGAUGAGAGAGGCCUGUAAUUUUCAUCAUAGGUACACGUCAACUAUGGCAGACAAAAUGAGAAAAAAAAUCAAGAAAAUCACAUUGUAGGAUUUUUAAUGAAUUGAUUUGCAAAUUAUGGUGGAAAAUAAGUAUUUGGUCACCUACAAACAAGCAAGAUUUCUGGCUCUCACAGACCUGUAACUUCUUCUUUAAGAGGCUCCUCUGUCCUCCACUCGUUACCUGUAUUAAUGGCACCUGUUUGAACUUGUUAUCAGUAUAAAAGACACCUGUCCACAAACUCAAACAGUCACACUCCAAACUCCACUAUGGCCAAGACCAAAGAGCUGUCAAAGGACACCAGAAACAAAAUUGUAGACCUGCACCAGGCUGGGAAGACAAUCUGCAAUAGGUAAGCAGCUUGGUUUGAAGAAAUCAACUGUGGGAGCAAUUAUUAGGAAAUGGAAGACAUACAAGACCACUGAUAAUCUCCCUCGAUCUGGGGCUCCACGCAAGAUCUCACCCCGUGGGGUCAAAAUGAUCACAAGAACGGUGAGCAAAAAUCCCAGAACCACACGGGGGGACCUACUGAAUGACCUGCAGAGAGCUGAGACCAAAGUAACAAAGCCUACCAUCAGUAACACACUACGCCGCCAGGCACUCAAAUCCUGCAGUAUCAGACGUGUCCCCCUGCUUAAGCCAGUACAUGUCCAGGCCCGUCUGAAGUUUGCUAGAGUGCAUUUGGAUGAUCCAGAAGAGGAUUGGGAGAAUGUCAUGUGGUCAGAUGAAACCAAAAUAUAACUUUUUGGUAAAAACUCAACUCGUCGUGUUUGGAGGACAAAGAAUGCUGUGUUGCAUCCAAAGAACACCAUACCUACUGUGAAGCAUGGGGGUGGAAACAUCAUGCUUUGGGGCUGUUUUUCUGCAAAGGGACCAGGACGACUGAUCCGUGUAAAGGAAAGAAUGAAUGGGGCCAUGUAUCGUGAGAUUUUGAGUGAAAACCUCCUUCCAUCAGCAAGGGCAUUGAAGAUGAAACGUGGCUGGGUCUUUCAGCAUGACAAUGAUCCCAAACACACCGCCCGGGCAACGAAGGAGUGGCUUCGUAAGAAGCAUUUCAAGGUCCUGGAGUGGCCUAGCCAGUCUCCAGAUCUCAACCCCAUAGAAAAUCUUUGGAGGGAGUUGAAAGUCCGUGUUGCCCAGCGACAGCCCCAAAACAUCAAUGCUCUAGAGGAAAUCUGCAUGGAGGAAUGGGCCAAAAUACCAGCAACAGUGUGUGAAAACCUUGUGAAGACUUACAGAAAACGUUUGACCUGUGUCAUUGCCAACAAAGUGUAUAUAACAAAAUAUUGAGAAACUUUUGUUAUUGACCAAAUACUUAUUUUCCACCAUAAUUUGCAAAUAAAUUCAUUAAAAAUCCUACAAUGUGAUUUUCUGGAUUUUCUUUUCUCGUUUUGUCUGUCAUAGUUGACGUGUACAUAUGAUGAAAAUUACAGGCCUCUCUCAUCUUUUUAAGUGGGAGAACUUGCACAAUUGGUGGCUGACUAAAUACUUUUUUCCCCCACUGUAUGUUCAUGUAUCUCUUCAUUAAUAAUGUUAACUUGAAAGCACUAUGUGAUAACUCUCUCAUCUGUCCUCACUUGAAUCCUGAAUUUGACCAUUUAUGUUUGUUAGCGUGUUGUGUAUGUUUGUACUCAGUGUUUGUCCUGUAGCCUUUAAGUACGUUGCGUCCUCCUGUAUUGUGUCAUACGAUAGUAGAUCUACAUAGGCUUUAACUAACGCCACCGAUGUGUUAUGAUACAUCCACAUCUCUAAACACACCUCUCUCCCCUGGUACCAGGUCCAGCAGGAUAAACACACCUCUCUCCCCUGGUACCAGGUCCAGCAGGAUAAACACACCUCUCUCCCCUGGUAUCAGGUCCUUCAGGAUAAACACACCUCUCUCCCCUGGUACCAGAUCCUUCAGGAUAAACACACCUCUCUCCCUUGGUACCAGGUCCAGCAGGAUAAACACACCUCUCUCCCUUGGUACCAGGUCCAGCAGGAUAAACACACCUCUCUCCCCUGGUACCAGGUCCAGCAGGAUAAACACACCUCUCUACCCUGGUACCAGGUCCAGCAAGAGAAACACAACCUCUCUCCCCUGGGUACCAGGUCCUUCAGGAUAAACACACCUGUCUCCCCUGGUACCAGGUCCUUCAGGAUAAACAACACCUCUCUCCCCUGGGUACCAGGUCCUUCAGGAUAAACACACCUGUCUCCCAUGGUACAGGUCCUUCAGGAUAAACACACCUCUCUCCCCUGGUACCAGGUCCAGCAGGAUAAACACACUCUCUCCCCUGGUACCAGGUCCUUCAGGGAUAAACAACACUGUCUCCCCUGGUACCAGGUCCUUCAGGAUAAACCACACCUCUCUCCCUGAUACCAGGUCCAGCAGGAUAACACACCUCUCUACCCUGGUACCAGGUCCAGCAGGAUAAACACACCUCUCUCCCCUGGUACCAGGUCCUUCAGGAUAAACACACCCUCUCUCCCCUGAUACCAGGUCCAGCAGGAUAAAACACACCUCUCUACCCUGUACCAGGUCCACGCAGGAUAAACACACCUCUCUCCCCGGUUGCCAGGGUCCAGCAGGAUAAACCAAACCAUCUCUCCCACUGGUACUCAUGGUCUCAGCAGGAUAACCACACCACAUCUCUCCCCUUAGGUACCCAGGUCCAGCAGGAAAACACAACACACCUCUCUCCCCUGGUACCAUGGUCCAGCAGGAUAAACCACAACUCGUCUCCUCCCCUGGUAUCAGGUCCUUUCAGGAUAAACACAACCUUCCCCCCUGGUACCAGGUCCUUCAGGGAUAAACACACACCUCUCUCCCCUGGUACCAGGUCCUUCAGGAUAAACACGACCAUCUCUCCCCUUGGUACCAGGUCUCCAGACAGGAUAAACACACUCUCUCCCCCUGGGUACCAUGGGUGGGUCCAGCAGGAUAAACACACCCUCUCUCUCCCCUGGUACCUGGUUCAGCAGGGAUAAACACACCUCUCUCCCCUGGUAAUUCAGGUCCUUCAGGAUAAACACACCUCUCUCCCCCUGGUACCAGGUCCUUAGGAUAACACCACCCUCUCCCCCCAUGGUACCAGGUCCAGCAGGAUAAACACACCUCUCUCCCCCUGGUACCAGGUCCAGCAGGAUCAGAUGCCCAUGUUCCUCGUCUGUUCUUCUCAGCAGCUCUGACCCGCCCACAGGCUAGGGCAGGAACCAUAGUCUUCAACAAGGUCUUUGUCAACAAGAAGGAGGUCCAUAACCAACACACAGGUGUGUGUUUGGGAUACUGUACAUCUCUGUCAAUAUUUUAUCAUCUUAGUUCUUGAAUCUUAGACUGGAGUAUUUAUUUGAGUAAAUAAUGAAUACUGAAUUCUGAUAUACUGUAUGUUGUGCUUGUUUGAAUGCAAAACACUCACGACACAGUUAUUUUUUUUUGCUAUGUCAUUAUAUAUUUUACAAUACAACUUUGUUGUCCAAGAAAAUUGAAGUUAAUAUCACUUGCUAUAACACGCCACCAUGUCUCUGUCUCCCCAGGUUACUUCACAGCCCCAGCGAGUGGUAAAUACUUAUUCAGCGCUACCCUAACAGGCCAUAAGAAUGUGAAGAUUGAGGCUGUCCUAUCUAAGUGUAACUACGGCGUGGCGCGUGGGGGACUCUGCAGGCUACCAAUCAGAGGGGCUGGAGAAAACCCAUGGCAGAGGCCAGACACACGCCCCUAUGAAGGUGGGAGAUACCGUCUCCGUCUGCGUCGACCUGGUCACCGGGAAACUGGCCCACUCUUCUGAAGCCCUCACCAUCUUCAGUGGGAUGCUGCUGUAUGAGACCGUCUGA